GUCGCGCUCGAAGCCUCGAUCGAUCGAUGGAUGGAUCCACCGCGUCCCUCCUCGAUCCUUUGAGAAAUCGAACCCGAUCAUCUUCUAUCUCCGUCCGUCGUUUGAUCGGUCGCCGGUCUCGUACACGGUCCGCUAAUCGUCAUCGGACAGUGAAAGUUCCGACGAAACACCGUACCGCGGUCAUGGUUGUCGUGUGUUCGGUGCAGGUGAACCGCGUGCGUGCUUCUCACACGUUUGGUGGAUCUUGAGAUAUCACCGGGAGCCGAAGAUCGCCAGUGGGAAAGGACGAAGACACUGCCGCUGUGAAACGUGUAAUCGCGUACUCAGUGUCUAUGAUAACGUGAAAGCCCAGCUCGUGCGUGACGAUGUCAUCGAGUGGUGAAUUUUCGACGCUGUCCAGUGGUGAGGUAACCGGGACUGGCGACGACUCGUUGCCAAGCUCCCGCGAGGCGACCGCGGAAGCAGCGAAUUCUGGGGCUGGAUUUAUGCCUCUGCGCGAGUUCCUGGACAGAUUCUCGCUGCCCAGGGUGGUCAGGGUGGAAGGCGCCGGUGGACGACCGAUACUGUUGUACAAACAACAGCAGAGAUCGCUGAGAGUCACGGCCACCCUGCUGAUGCACCGUUACCGUCACGACGUUAAAGUUGGCCCGGAAAUCGUGAUCCCGGAAGGAUACCCUGGCUGGUUCUCCGUUGUCUCGAACAACAGUGGUACUGGAAGUGCCAGGGUGUACAGAAGAGUGGGAGCUUUGGUUCGAGCUGGUGUCCCGGCGUUUCUGCUCGCGAAACCUCUCAGAGCUUACACGCUAACACACUCCAAGAUGGAGAAUGGGAAUCUAAGGGCGCACUACACGAAGACGACCGUGCGCGCGGGGGAAGUUCUACGGCUGGCCGCGGUGUUCCAGGACACGCGGAGGGCGCCAGUGUCGAGCGGCAUUUCCGGUGUCGUUAGCGGCGUCCCCGAGGGUAAAAGUUCAAGGUCGUCGGAACGAGAUCAGUACGCGCAGUGCCUGGAUUCUCACGGGCACGAGCUAUUCGCGCCGCUUUCAGCGAGAGGAGAGUUCUACGCCACUUGCCAGAGCGGAAGCCUCGACACCGGAAGCGACGCCGUCUUGUAUAGAGUUCAUCAGCUCGCCAGGAGGGAUCUACCUCUGAGGGUACGGUUGGUCGCUGGACCUCUGCCAAUACCGUUGCCACGAGAUUAUAGCGGUCUGAUGCAACUGGAAGGUGCAACGAGGGGCCCCAUAGUUUUAGGUUGCGCAGUGCCGCUGGUACCCGAGAGACCUGUGCCAAAUUCCACCGUCCCAGAACUCCUUGAAUUGGUUGCCACAGGACCAACGGCGCCUCGAGUGAAAAGAGCGCGAUUAGGCUGUCCUUCCGAAGCACGGUUGCUGGCCUCGCCAAAGAUGCAGCGAUUACUAUCAGCCUGCAGAAGAGCCCUGGACCAGAGAGCGACGGAACCACGCGUAGCGCCUCCGAAGCCAACCAACACCAGUGGUCAACUGAAAGAGCUCCAUUUGAAGGAGAUCAAAUCCAAAACGGAGGCGAAACCGAUCCUCCAGAGUCUAAAGGAGGGCAUAGAGCACAUCAAGAGAACGACUAUCAGAGAUCGUAGCAAUAGUCGGACGAGCAACAACAACCACAGCAUCCUCGAUCGAAUCACGAGGAUAGCCCAGGGUGGGAGGAGCAGAAACCCUGCCAAGAAGUCUGCUUCGUUCACGUUCGCGGUUCGGCCGGAAAUUGGCAUGAGGUCCGAGAGAUACGCCAGCCUGGAGUCGGAGACCAAUCUGCUGCAGGCGUCCGCCUCUUCCAGACAGCAGGUUCAACGGUCAGUUUCGACCAGCGUGCUGGAGGUACAGACUCAGCAGGACUUGGACCCGCCGUACUCCAAGGUCAGGGACAGUCUGACGCCUCUACCGUCGACUCCGCUGCCCAAGACGGAGGAGAUCUACGCUGAAAUCUGCGAGCUUACGAACGUCAGCCCCCCCGAGGAGAAACCACCGCCACCGCUGCCUGGAGGGAAGAACGGGACCAGAGAGAAGGACAGGGGCUACGUGAAGCUGGCUCUGUCGCAGUCCGAGAUUUCUGACGCGAACGCUGUCGAGGACGAAGAGGGGAUCUACAAUACUGUCUGCUGAUCGUGGUUCUUCCUGGACCGGAGGAGACUCGCUGCGUUCCGGGGAAUGGAAGCGCGUUAGAUAAGAUAGGGGAGCAAGUUUGAGGGGGAUCUUUGGGUAUCGAGGAUUUGUGCACAGUUAGACGACCCAUUUGAAGAGAUUAGAGGUAGCUAAAUAGUAGAGACGAAUCGAGUUGUGGCGGGGAAGCGAAUCCAGAAACCCUUUGGAUCCCCGCAUUUGGAACUUUUAAAUUUGUACAUUUUCUUCCAGAUAUGCUCUGUCGUGCUUCCGUAGAUUUCUUAAUUCAAAAUUUCGCGCGCGUAAAUCCGAACAGUGUGGCAGAGGGCGCUCCCGUUACUCGAAAGCGACUGGUAACACGGUGUUCGCGUUAAAAAUGAUCGCUUGAACCAAACUUCUUCGCUUUGAAUCGAGUCUCUGAUCACCGAAACCUUGUUCCGAUCUAAAAAUAUCUGCUCGCUUCCCUGCACACGACGCGACAGUCCGGUCGUCUCGUCCGUAAACCUGAUUCUCCGAUCGCUCCGAGCGGCAUGAAUCGUGGACGUCGACAUGCGAACGCAUCGAAAAUUAGCCCUCGAAGUUCAUUGACGGAGAUAAGGCGCGACUUCCUAGGUCGAACUGCGGAGAACCGUUCGGGCAGAAACCGGCGCUGCGGUGCACCGACGGGAUUUACAACGCCAUUUGCCGAAGAAAUUAUCCCUCCGAGGUCUUUUUCUCCCCUUUUUCCGCGCUCAGAGCGGCGGCGUCCUUCACGGGGAACCGGGCGGAAGAUUUACAAGGCUGUUGACCGGGGAAAAUGAGCGCGUAAUUACGGUCCCGUGCGUGUAUAGAGGAUGUAGCGGGCCUCCUCGAGACGCUGCGCGACUUCCGGUACUGGAGAAUCUGUGCUGCGGCUGAUCGAUAUUAUUAGAACCGACCGAUCGCUUGUACUCGAUGUCUCGACGCAUCCUUAACGAGAAGUCCCUAGAUCCGCGCGAGCUGUGACGAUAAAGUGGACGAAAUCUGUAAGAAACGUUUUCUCCGAAAAUGGUUCCUUUCCGUACGAGUACACGCGAGGAUAUACUUUUACGCGUCGACGGGUCCUCCGAACGUUUACUGAUAUUAAAUCCUCUUAAUCCUAGAUGGACCUAGGGGGAUUGCCAAUCGUGUACCAUUUUGUAAAUUUGUUGGUACCCUUAGCGUAGUGGCUAGUGUCCAGGCAUUUUGUACAU